UAUUCACUCGGCAGUCAGCAUGGCGUCCGCUCCGCCAAGGCAACCCGCUGGCGCCAGCACACAGGAGCAAAUGAAAAGAGACUUUCUUCAGAGACUUCUAACUAAAAUUUCCCAGGCCACACAGAGACUCCCACUGGAUGUGGACUAUUUGAAGUUUGUGGUCAACCAGGAGAUGGUCCUUUUUAGGGCAUUGUCAGGCCAGGUUGAGAUGACACAAGAUGUUGUAAAUGCAUUGACAGAGCUGUCAAUACUUGUCAAUGCAGAUGACAGCUCUAAUAUGAGCCGUUGCCAGGUGCCAGUGAUGCAAGCAGAAAUGGGACGGCCAAAAUAUGUUGUGUCUCCUCAGCAACUACAAAGCCUGGUAGAAAUGUCUCUACCAGUGUCAUGUAUUGCGAAACAUCUGGGUGUAUCUGUGAGGACAGUGAAACGGCGCAUGCAUGAAUAUGGACUUUCCAUAAUGCAGUGCUACAGUAACCUAACCGAUGAACAACUAGAUAAUUUGCUGAGGUCGGUGAAGGCUAGGACACCACAUGUAGGGUGCAGAAUGAUGAAAGGAAUCCUGCAGGCCAUGGGUCACCGUGUCCAGUGGAACAGAGUGUAUUCAUCAAUGCAUCGUGUAGACUCCGUUGGUGUACUCUCAAGAAUGACAAGGAUGGGGUGUGUUGCAAGAAGGACGUAUACAUGUCAUGGUUAA